UCUUUCCUUCUUUCUGGACUGCCGGUAUAAUUACAGUUGUGAAGAUGCAGCUAACGCGAAGAGGAUACAUUAGAUGUCUGCUUUUCUUCAUGUUAAAAUUAACAACAGCCAUUGAAAUACCAAUCUCAGUUAAACAGGUCCCAACAAUCACAAAACAGUCAACAGUACAAGUCGCAUUUCCUUUUGAUGAAUACUUUCAGUUUGUCUGUGAAGCCAAAGGAAACCCGGAACCAACGUUUCAUUGGACUAAGAAUGAGGAGCACUUUAGUCUCCUCUCUGAUCCACGGAUAGUUUCAUCUAAUAAUACAGGAACAUUCAAGAUCUUAAAUGAAGGACACAUCACUCACUUUCAAGGGAAAUACCGCUGCUUCGCUUCUAAUGAAUUAGGAACUGCCAUGUCAGAAGAAAUUGAGUUCAUAGUGCCAAGUAUACCUAAAUUUCCAAAGGAAAAAAUUGAACCUCUGGAAGUAGAAGAGGGGAAUUCAAUAGUCCUACACUGCAAUCCCCCCAAAGGCAUCCCUCCACUUCACAUAUACUGGAUGAAUAUUGAUUUGCAGCACAUCCCACAGGAUGAAAGAGUGUACAUGAGCCAGAAGGGAGAUCUGUACUUCGCAAAUGUGGAAGAAAAUGACAGUCGCAGUGAUUAUUGCUGUUUUGCAGCCUUUCCAAGAUUGCGAACUAUUGUACAGAAAAUGCCAAUGAAACUGACAGUGAACAGUUUAAAGCAUGCUAAUGAUUCGAGUUCACACAGACAGAAUAUUACUAAGGCAAAUUCAAUCAAGCAAAGAGAACCCAGAAUGCUUUUGCCUCCUGAAACUUCUGGCAGUCAUUCUUCAGUCACCAUCAUCAAAGGGGGGACACUGCUGUUGGAGUGUUUUGCUGAAGGCUUGCCCACUCCACAGAUCACUUGGAUGAAGGUGGGUGAAGAUUUGCCCAAGGGAAGAGAAGAACGAGAAAAUUUUGGAAAGACUUUGAAGAUUGAACAGGUCACUCACAUAGAUAAAGGACAUUACCGCUGCAUGGCCAAGAAUUACAAAGGGACUGCCACACAUGAAUUCCGAGUCACUGUAGAAGAACCUCCUCGCUGGACAAAGAAACCUGAAAGUGCUGUGUACAGCAUUGGGAGCAGUGUGAUCCUGCUAUGUGAAGCUGAGGGAGAACCCACCCCUGAAAUAGAGUGGAAAAUCAAUGGCUUACCUGUUGAUCAAGAACACCCCUUGCCUGGUAUUGUGUUCUUCCCAGGAGAGAUCAGUCUCGACAAUAUGCAGUUGAAUCAUACCGGUGUGUACCAAUGUGAAGCCACAAAUGUACAUGGCAAAAUUCUUGCUACUGCCAAUAUCAAUGUUUUAGAUAUUUCUCCGUUGAUGCAAACUCCAGAUAAUGAAGAGUAUGCUGCUGUUGUUGGGUACAGUGCUUUCUUAUUUUGUGAGGUUUUUGCCUCACCUCCAGCAGUGAUUACUUGGCAAAAGCCAUCGAAAGUUGAAAGGCUUGAAGGCCCACAUUACACUACACAUGAAAAUGGAACCUUAGAAAUCAAAGAAACAAUAAAAGAAGAUGCUGGUCCAUACACUUGUUGGGUGAAGAGCCCUCGAGGAGAGGUGGCAGUUACUGCCUAUCUGUCAAUUAGAGAUGCUACAAACCUUACCAUUUCUCCACUAAAUCCUCAUAUCAUCAAAUCACACUUGCUAGUUUUGCACUGUGAGACAGAGUGUGAUUCACAUUUGAAGCACAGUUUGAAGUUAUCUUGGAGUAAAGAUGGGGAAGCCCUUGAAGUUAAUGGAACUGAAGAUACCAGCCGGAUAAUUAUUGAGGGAGACAAGUUGACUAUAUCAAAUGUCACUUUAGAGGAUGAAGGAUUAUAUUCCUGCCUUGCUAUUACUGCGCUUGACAGGACAAUGGCUACAACUCAAGUGACCAUCCUAGAUGUUCCUGAUCCUCCAGAAAAUCUCUAUCUCUCUGAAAGGGAGAACAGAAGUGUGCGGUUGACUUGGGAAGCUGGGGAUAGCCACAACAGUGCCAUAACUGAGUUCAUUAUAGAGUUUGAAGGCAAUAAAGAUGAGCCAGGAAAGUGGGCAGAAUUGACUAAAAUCCAAGGAAAUGAAACAACAGUCCUGUUAUCAUUGGCACCAUAUGUAAAAUACCAGUUCCGCGUGAUAGGUGUAAAUGCUGUGGGUAGGAGUCUACCAAGUGAUCCUUCUGACUAUCAUGAAACUCCACCUGCAGCUCCAGACAAGAAUCCAGAAAACAUAAGAGUUGAAGCUUCUCAACCUAAGGAAAUGUUUAUCAAAUGGGAGCCAUUGAAAUCCAUGGAAAGAAAUGGACCAGGAUUAGAGUACAGAGUAACAUGGAGACAGCAAGGAGUUCCUUCAGAAUGGUCUGAUGAACUGGCCACAGAUAAUACCUUACGGGUGAUGACCUCAUCUGUCUUUACUCCCUAUGAUGUCAAAGUUCAAGCAAUCAAUCAACUUGGCUCAGGGCCUGAGCCACAGACCAUAACUGUAUAUUCUGGAGAAGACUAUCCUGAUGCAGCUCCUUCGUUGGUAUCAGCAAGCGUUAUAAAUAGUACCCUAAUUAAUGUCACCUGGGACAGAAUUCCAAAAGAGAGAGUACAUGGACAUCUGAGAGGAUAUCAGAUCAACUGGUGGAAAACAAAAAGCAGAUUGGAUGAAAGGAAAUUCCCCAAAGAAAUAAAAACUCUAAGACUGCCAGGAGAUAGAAGCUAUGGAAUGGUUCCUUCACUAGACCCAUUUAGUGAAUUCAAGUUAACAGUCUUAGCCUACAAUUCCAAGGGUGCUGGGCCAGAAAGUACUCCAAUUUCUUUUCAAACUCCAGAAGGAGUACCUGAACAGCCUACUUUCCUCAAGGUUAUACAUGCUGAUAAGGACACCAUUGUAUUAUCCUGGGGACUGCCCAAGAAAGCACAUGGCAAUCUAACUGGCUACAGUUUACAGUACCAGAUAAUCAAUGACACAGAUGAGGUUGGAGAACUAAAGGAAAUCAAUGUCACAAACCCUUCAAAACUCAGUUGGCGUAUUCCAGAUCUUAACUCCACCACCAAAUAUAAAUUCUACUUGAGGGCAUGUACUUCCAAAGGCUGUGGGAAACCGAUAACAGAGGAAGGCUGCACAAUAGGAGAAGGGACAUAUGCGGGCUUAUAUGACAACAUCUCUACCCAAGGAUGGUUUAUCGGACUGAUGUGUGCCAUAGCUCUUCUUACAUUAAUAUUAUUGACUAUUUGCUUUGUGAGAAGGAACAAAGGUGGAAAAUAUUCAGUGAAAGAGAAAGAAGAUUUGCAUCCAGACCCAGAAGUUCAGUCAGGAAAAGAUGAAACCUUUGGCGAGUACAGUGACAGUGAUGAAAAACCACUUAAAGGAAGCCUCCAGUCUCUAAACAGGAACCUCCAGGCCACAGAAAGUGCUGAUAGUUUGGUGGACUAUGGAGAAGGAGACCACGGCCUAUUCAAUGAAGAUGGGUCAUUUAUUGGAGCUUACACUGGGUCUAAAGAGAAAGGAUCGGUGGAGAGUACUGGAAGUUCAAUGGCAACUUUUCCACUUCGUACAUAAACUCUGUGUACAUAAAUCGCAUGAGACACUCACCUCAUUUUUUCCAUGUUGUUCUCUAUGAAUAAGCAAAUCCUUGUCUACAGGAACAGAACUGGAUUUAGCCAGGAUCAAACAUCCAGCAAAUAAACCAAGAACAAGUCACUGCCAUUGACAGAUAAGAGCAAAUUCUUCUGGUCUAUGUUGGCAUGGGUUGAAUUCAAAGAAGAAUGAACAUAACCAUGAUAAUUAUAUUCAACUUAGUUGGUCUCAAAUAAUGAUAAAUCAGUGUUCCCUUCAUGUAUUUGUUCUGGGCUGUCCCAUGUCUUCUCAUAACUUCUCUUGACUUGUAGAAUUUUACACACAUUCUAUACACACCCAUUCAUUCAGUUUCAUAGGAUUGCAUGGCUUGACUUUAUUUUUCCUAGCAGCUGAAAGAUGAAAGAAACACAGGUUAUUUAAAAACAUCAAAAAUAAAACAAUACGUCUUAUUGAAAUCAUUCACUGAAGAAAUCAAGUCCAUAUUUAUUAUUUAAAAUUUUUCUUUUUAAUAUUCUUUUAGUGUGACACAUCAAUUGACAAGUACUUAUUUGUCCAACACUGGCUAUUGGAGCCAAUAAGUAAUAUUCAAGUCAUUAAGUUGUGGCUAGUCAAAUCUGGUCUGAUUUCUGGUUUCUCCUUUCUGUGUGAUCUCUGGAUAUUGAGACUUCUUUGAUUGGACCAAAAUACCUGCAAGGCACCACUUGACACGGACUUAGGAGAGAGCAGGCCUAAUGUUUCCUUGCUUGGGAAUGGUAACUUGGUAUCUGCUAAAAGUUCAUUCAAAGAUUCCAUUUCUUAACCGACUCCUUUUACCUGUCUGGUGUAAUUAUAAUGGUAUGCUAGCAUAUAUUUUAUGAAUGGAGUAGACACAUUCUGGUGAUAUUUACGCAAUGUAAAAUAUGGAUGUGGUUUUAGUUUUUAUUUUGAAAUGAGAUACAUUAACACGAAAAUUUAUACAGCUACAGUAGAGAGUAAGAGACCUAUUAUUUUACACCAUACCAGAGUUUGACUAUUCAGAAACUCAAUAACAUGAACUUUCAAAUCUGAAGAAACUGUGUAUGUAUUGGAUUUUGUUUUCUCAAAAUAAAAUAACUUCUGAAAACUAAGGGAAUUUUUUUGUUAAUUGUUAAGAAAAGAACACCACCUGUUUACUGUAGAAAAUCCUGUGUAUGUGGUUCCCUUUAUCAUACAUUGAGCUUCAUUCAAAUGUUGGUCUCCAUAUUCCUUAUUUUUGUAAAACUUUAUAUUAAAUUCUCAAAAUGUAUGAGUUGGCAUUUAUCGUAUUAGUUUUGUUUUUAAAUUAAAUUAUUUUGAAAUUGGCAUAAACAAUCCACAUGAACUUUGGUCAACUGAAAUAAUGACUCCCUUACACAUGUUUCAACUGAAACCUAUUAAUGGAUGUUCAGAAAACUUGGACUUUGAUUUAAAUAUCCCUCCCUCUUUCAUGGAUGAAUAAUUGAUCUGUUUGUUUUUGAAUAGACAAUGAAAUAAUGAAACUGGAAGUUUUAUUUUUAUUUUUAUUUUUCUUUCUUUUUUUAGACUAUCAUAGUUAUAUAAAAGGUAUAGGCAAAACAUUAAAUUGAUGAUAUGGAAGUGUUUGCUAUAGGAAAAGGUACUUACUAAAGUAAAUAGAGUGUGUUUUUUCAGGCUUUUUUGGAACAUUAGAUUGUAUAUAGCCAAGAAUGCCCAUUUGUAAAUUACCUUCAAGUGUCCAUUACAAAAACCUUGCAAAAUGAUAAGUAUCCUCUAUUCUAUCAAGAAAAAAAAACUAUAAAGAACUGGCUUUAAAAAUACUUGAGAAUGAUAUACUGUAGGAUUUGUUCUUGAUUCUCUUAUGAAUUUCUUUCCUUGUGGGGGGUAUUGGCCAAAGGGUAUUUUUAAAAAAAAAAAAUCAUGUGAAAGAUGAUGUCAGUCCUUUAAGUGGUGCCAGUGAUAUUUCUCAUUUUGGUGAAGUUAUUAGAAAUCAAGCUAGUUCUGACUUCAUCCAUCUCCUCCUCUACCCUCAUGCCUUAAGAAAAAAAGGCAACUACUUGGUAUUAUUCCUACUUUAUGAGGAUCUAGUGUCAUCCUGGCUCCACUCAAUAAAUGUCCAGUUUGUGUGCUGGGGAAGAAAAGAUGAAAGAUAUUCUGAUCACUUUUUUGUAAAUGCUCUAUACCCUCAAGUAGAGAAAGGGGAGAGUAUAUGAUGGUCCUGACAUUUUGACAUAGUUCCACAAGAUAAAACAUAAUUUGAGAUUUGUGUACAGCAGUGCUUAUUAGUCUUCUUUUGAAUAUUAACCAACUGGAUGUGUCUAAAAUCAUGUGAACCAGUGAUCUUGGCUAUAAUGUCUUCUCUUUCUCACAGAAAUGAUUUUGAGGGGCUAUGAUGGAUUAGCAACAAAUGACUCAACUUUGGAUUAUCUAAGAGUUUACUACAAAUUAUGGCACAUAAACACGUUGUAUAGAAUAUAAGUCAUUAAAUAGUAAUAGUCAUGUAGUUUACAAACCAGGAUUAGUUUUCUAUUAAACCUUAUAAGCAAAUUUUUCACUAUGUUUUCUUUCUUAUGCCUCAGGAUCUAAAAAAAAUAAAAUAUAUGUAGUGUCAUUUAAGUGCAAUGAAAGUUUUAAAAGGGUAAUAAUAUUUGAGAAAUAUGCCCAUUAAGUGUCAAAUUAACCUAAAUGCUAAGGCCCCGGCUUAAAUCUAGCACUUUGUUCUCUAGUGAAUUUCCUUUCUCUAUUUUAUUAACUUUUUGCAAUCCCUGAUUUAACAGUCUGUAAAUUAUGAUAGAAAGUGUCUAAAAUAUUUAUAUCUUAAAGGAUGUAGUUGGAAAUCACAAAAAAUUUCUUUCUUUUUAAAGGUACCUGUAUUUCCAACUAAUGUAGCAUUUUACUGAGUUUCCCAAAUCACUUGCUAAGAUCCUGUUUUCUACAUUAUAUAUGCCACGUAUGUUUUGACUGAGCUACCCACUGAGGUUCUACAUUCAAUCAAGUUCUUGUCCAUUUCCCGUGGAAGGGAAAGGAUCAAGGUGCACUGAAUCAAAAACUGGAAAGUCUGAGUUCUCCUUGGAAUUUUUCCACUCGUUUUCUGAGUAGCCUUAGGCAUGUCCCUUAACAAUUCUAUACUUGAGCUCUUUUCAUCAAUAAAGUACUGCUGAGAAUCUGCUACCUUCUAUACCACAGGGCUAGUUGUUUCUAAUUAAGAUUGAUUAAUAAAUGUCUAAGAAAGGCUAAGAAGCCUUCAUCUUUUCCAGCAAAAGGUAUGCAAAUAACUAUUUUUUCCCUGUGAAAUUAUGGGGAAAAUAAGCAAGGAUUUCUGCAUACAACAAUGAUUUUCUGACAUCUCCCUAUAAAUUCCCCAUUCAGUUAAGUGGAAAUUGUGUCUCAACUAAUAAUGAUAUAGAAGCUAUUGUGAAUAAUACCAUAUAAACAUAUUCAGACAUUCAAAUAGGUAUGCAGACCAUACCAACUCACUACUUUUUUUUCCAGUGAGCACAAAAUAUAUAUUUUUAUAGAAAAAAACACAAAUAUACAGGAAUUUUAAAAGAUGACUACCAUACAAGUAAGCAGUAUAAUUUGUUUGUGCCAUUACAAAAUAAUUGCUAAAAAGCAGAAAUUUAAGCAGGGUCGUUCCUAUACAAAAUGGUUUUUUCCACUAGUUUUACAUGCAUAUUUAUAACAUGUUUGUGAAUUAGGUGCAUUUAGUCUACUGGGUAUAAAGGUAUCCAAUAUUUUAAUUACAUCCAGGUUUAUAAAAUAUGACAUGUAAUAGAAUUAUGCUGGAAGUCUCAAAUAAUAUUUUCCCUAUUUUAUAGUCAUGGAAUAAGAGAUAAACUAAAAACAAAGGAUUGGUGGAAGUUUUGCUUCAUUUUAAAAGCCUAUAAAAUUAAAUUGUCAUUUGAAAUCCUAAAUAUGUUUACAUAUCAUUAAGAUCAAAAUGAUUGUAAAGCUUUUGGAUGAAUGAUAAAGGGAUUGAAUUUGUAACCAGGGCUCAUUGAUUCCAGUUUCCUUUUACUGAAAUAGGUGGGGUUGAGCCAAAGCAUACUUUAUUUUAUUUUAGAUUUAUGAUAUUUUAUUACAUCAUCUGAAGAGGGAAAGGAUUGUGUAUACUAAGUUAAUCUGACUGAUUUUUUCAGAUUAAUAUUCUUAGUGAAACUUUAUUAAAGUUGAUAAAAACAGAAAUGUGUUUGUAUUGUAGUUGCUGUUUGUAUCAUGUUUAUGUAUAUGUAUGGUUUCAAAAAUAUUUUGUUUAUACAUGAAAUUCAACUUUUCUAAUAAAAGUUCAACUUCAUGUAAUCUAAAAA